AUGGAGGCAGAGCUCUGUUAUGAGUCAAGGAAUGGUUCAUGUCUGAGGACAGUUUAUCCCCUGUCCAUUCAAAUCACUCUCUACGUAAUCCUGGGGACCACCGUGCUGCUAACAGUGUCUGGCAACCUUCUGGUCAUUAUAUCAAUCGCCUAUUUCAAGCAGCUCCACAGUCCAACCAACUACCUUCUCCUCUCUCUGGCUGCAUCAGACCUGUUUUUAGGGGCAGUGGUCAUGUUCCCCAGUAUGAUUCGUUGUGUGGAGACCUGCUGGUAUUUUGGGGAUGUUUUCUAUCGCUAUUAUGCAGUUUGUCAUCCAUUACUGUACACAAGUAAAGUAACUGUUCAUGCUGUGAUCAUCAUGAUCGUGGUCAGCUGGAGUGUGUCCGCCAUGGUGGGAUUCGGAAUGAUAUUUCUCGAGCUCAAUAUUUUGGGAAUUGAGGAGCUCUACUAUAAUCACGUCGUAUGUGAAGGAGGAUGUGUUUUAUUUCAGAGUGGAGUUUCCAGUGCGGUCUCGUCGGUUCUCUCCUUUUACGUCCCGGGAGUUAUAAUGCUCACCGUCUACCUGAAGAUCUUCCUUGUGGCACAGAGACAAGUUCAUAGUAAACAGAACAUGAGCUAUGCAAACUCUUUAAGCAUUACUGAUAAGUCCCAGAGAAAAGCCACCAAAACGCUCGCUAUCAUCAUGGGGGCGUUUCUUUCGUUUUGGGCCCCGUUUUUCAUCUGUAACAUUAUUGACCCUGUGAUCAGUUACUCCACUCCAGCUGAACUGUUUGAAAUACUUGUGUGGGUGGGCUACCUGAAUUCUACUGUGAACCCACUGAUCUAUGCAUUCUUUUACAGUUGGUUCAGAAAGGCAUUUCGAAUCAUUAUAUCAGGUAAAAUUUUAAGAACUGACGCUUCAGAUAUGAAACUGUUCACAGAAUGA